AUGGUGCUUCUGGACGUAAAGCGGUCUGAGAAGAAGAAUGAGUUCAUGUAUGAAACAACUGUGAAGGCCAACGUCGGGGAUCUUUUGAAGGAACUCUGCGAAUUGCACAACCUGAGGCUCAAAGUUCAGCGGCUCUCUUUCGCCUGCAAGGAACUGGCGAAGCAUGGGCCGUUGAGACCCGAGGAAACCCGGGGAAUCUCCGAGGACCUCAGCAAGGUCACAGAGCUGGAUGUGAAUGCUUACGGCCAGCCUACUAGACCUGACGAGUCUGGCUUUCGCACUGGAGUUCCUCCGCCGCCCGAGGUGGCCGAUGUGCUCACCCGCACUGCAGAGGAAGCCGCAGCUGCAGUCGCCUCCGAGCUGGUGCAGCAGAGAAAAUGUGUUGACAAGAAGGUGUGCCAAACACAGAUUGACAACAUGCGCGGUGCGGUCAUGAUUGCGUAUCCUGCCUUCCAUCGCUUGCCAGUUUAUGAUCCUGCGCGCCAAGAGCUCGAAGACCGGGAGGAGCUUGACGGAGCGUCGGAGUUGCAGUGUGUGCUGGAGCCUGCACACACCAACCUCUGGUGGGCAGGAAAGGAGCUGAGGCUGGACCAGACACUUGAGCAGUACAUCGGCAAGAACGAAAAGACGAAGAUCGUCGCAAAGCUUGCUCCGAAAAGCUCGGGAGCACCGGUGCGAGAACCUCGAAUCGACGAGAACACGCACAAGGCAAUGAUGGCCCACUAUUACAGAAAGCAGGAGGAGAACAAGAAGCUCCAGGACGACGAGGAUGACUCGUACCUGGACUCGGAGUGGGCAAACCCGAAGGCCCUCAAGAGCGCCUUGGUCGGAAACGGACGGCCGGUCUCAUGGAAAGCCAGAUGA